CCUGCAGACUGUCUGUCUGUCAGUGUGUUGAUGUGUGCAUGUGGAAGCAAAGUGUGCUGAGAGCUUUGUAACAAAGAUCGUCGACACUUUAAGUGUGUGUGAGAUAGGGCGCAUGUUGGGAUGUGAGGAAUUCAGACUUGCACUAAUAAAAAGGAGAUAUUUAUUUUUAUUUAGUAGAAAGGAGCCAUUCUGUAGAGCCAAAGCAGCUUCUGCCACUUUCCCUGGCUUUGUUCUGCCAAACCCAGGCUUUUUGGCUGGUUCAUGUCACUUAGUUAGCUAGUUUGAGUUCAUUACAGUUGAGCAAAGAUGUCCACUGACUGCCAGAAGACAACUGCCAAGGCCAUCCCUUCGACCAUCAGGGUGACCAUCAACAACGCGGAUCACAUGCCCCACGACUACUCUACUACCCCCGGAGGGACCCUGUUUAGCACCACACCUGGAGGUACCCGGAUCAUCUAUGACCGAAAGUUCCUGCUAGAGUGUCGCAGCUCUCCGUUGGCCAGGACCCCUCCUCGAGGUUUGCCCUCCAUUCCAGGGGUCACCAGUCCAUCCAAAGAGCCCAAUGAGAAGACCGUCAAUGGAAAAGUCAAGAACAACAACUCCAUUCCUGCUCCUGAGACAAGCAAUGCCGGUGAUGACGCACAGUUUCAAAUGGACAUCUAGAUGGAGCUGAGCGAGUAUUAUAGUGUGACAAAGAGAUGAUCAGGACCACCUCUUUUUCAAAAUGUGUCUGAGACAAAGGCAUGACUUCAUCAUCAUGUUGUUUCAACAUCCAUUAUUUCUCACUCUCAUUUGGUUGUUUUGCACAGAACAAAGCUGUUUCCUGUUUGCUUUAAGGCUCAAACUUUUUUUUUUUUUUUUUUUUUUUUACAUGUGAAAAUGUGCCUUUCUGUAGUGGCUGCGAGUUAAAAAUCACCACUGAAAAGUACCUAACACCAACAUUGCCUCAUUGAUGGGUAACUUGAACACUUGAAAAAAAUACUGAUCUAAUCCUCCGGAUAAACAUUCAUUCCAGAACCACUUGUCGUUCAGUGUGUUUUUCAUAAUCCUGCCAGCUCUCUUUAGAUACUAGCUUCAGAUCUUACAAAGGUUCUUCCCCUGAAGUGUUUCAUAGAAAAUAUGAAGCUGACUAUUUUUUGAUGUUAUGAAACAAUUUUCACAUGGUUUGUCGGGUGAAUAAAGAAAACACCAAUGAAA